AUGAUUACUGGUCUCCACCACGUCAACAUCCUCGUCCCGGAAGGCACCCUGGACCGGGCGGAGGAGUUCUACACAAACACCCUGGGUCUGCCAUCAGCCCCAGUUCCCCAUCUACAGAAAGGAACUCUCCUAUGGUUCAACCUGACGCCGGAUGGCAGUCAGCAGAUUCAUGUAGCCUUUGGGUCGAACAGCGAUUUACAUUCCGACCGUCACGCUUGCCUGAAAGUCGCGUCGCUGGACAAGCUAUUGGCCCUGCAGCAGCGCAUCUGGGAACAUCAUCAGAGAGGGGGUGAUGCUGCCCCCUUGCACGCUGAUAAGCCGGGGGAACAAAACUCGGGCGCCCAGGGCAUCGAAUAUCCGAGCCGCUUUUUUGCCAGGGAUUUUGCAGGUAACCGGCUGGAAUUCACCUUAUGA